UAAUCCUCUAUUCUAUCUUUUGCGUCUCGUCUCGUCUCGUCUUCAGACUCUCCUCUCUCCCAAGCAAAUUUCUCUCUAAUGUCGGAAUUUUCAGUUCCGCCAUUCCCAAUUCCCAGUCUUCUUCAUGGCUCUUUUGCUUCUCUCUCCUCCGUAUACUUCAAGUACUGACCAGAGAUCGGCCAUGGAUGUCGCCGAAACUCACCGUCGUCUUCUCAGCCACCGCAGCUUUUUCUCUUCUUCUUCUUCGUUGCUUCGCUCUGUCAGCUUUUUCUCUCCGUAUAUCUGCCGUAACAUUCCUUUAGGAAAUGUGUUCAGAUUUGCUCUCUGUAUAGGGAAUCAUAAAUCUUUUCCAAGAUGCCUUGCAAUGUCCAUGGAAAAAGGUAGGUCAACUGCUUCUUUCAAAGGAAUGUGCAAGGUAGUUUGGACUAUAGAAACUAAUCUGGAAGCUGGUCAACUUCUCUAUGUAACUGGGGAUCCUAAUGCAUUAGGCUGCUGGGAACCAGAGAUGGCCGUCCUAAUGUCUCCCACAGAACAUGCCAACUUAUGGAAGGCUGAAGUUAAGAUUGCUUGUGGUGUAAGUUUCAAGUAUAACUAUUUCAUAAAGGAAGAAAGGUCACCUUAUGGCAUCAUGUGGAGACCUGGGCCUGAAUUUUCUCUAUCAGUGCCUGCAACUGCCAAGCGAUCUAAGAAUGUUGUAGUGAGGGAUUCGUGGGUGAGAUCUAUCAAGUUUUCUCCAGAAAAUUCGUUGAUCCAUUGGAUAGAGGAUGCAUAUCUUCUGAUACACCCUUUAAUUUUGGAACAGGACAGAGAUGAAGAGGAGACAACGAAACACAUUAAAAGUGAUUUAACAGAGUCAAAGCUAUCCUCAGAUAAUCUGAAAGUCAAGGAAGAUCUAAAUUCUAAGAAUGAUACAGUGACUGCCUCUUAUGAGCCCAUUUCUGAUAGUUUUUUAACUGAAAGAUAUCAGCCUGUGGAGGAACCUUGGCUACUACAGUCACCUCUCUUCUCCAUCAUAUCUGAUGAUUUGGACUUAUCUGAAAAAGAUGAGACUAUGAAGGACGAUAAGACAAGGUUGGAAGAUUCAGAAAAGCUGUUACCUCAAGAAGGGAGUAAUACGAUCUUGAAAGAUUCCAUUUCUACAAUUAUUUUGAUUAAUUCUUCAAUAUGUACGAUGCAAAGGAUUGCUGUGUUAGAAGAUGGGCAAUUAGUUGAGUUAUUACUUGAACCAGUUAAAAACAAUGUGCAGUGUGAUAGUGUGUAUCUUGGGGUGGUCACGAAACUUGUUCCCCAUAUGGGGGGGGCAUUUGUAAAUAUUGGGAGUUAUAGACCCUCUCUCAUGGACAUAAAACAAAAUAGGGAACCGUUCAUAUUCCCUCCAUUUCAUAGAGCAACAAAAUUUGAAGUCAAUGGUUCUGUAACUGAGACCAUUGAAAAUCAUCUAGCUGCUCAUGGAAACAACCAGACAUCAUUCCCUACCGAAAUAAUAGAUGAGUUGGCUGUUGUCUCUCAGGAAGAGUCUGAACAAUCUGUGCUGGAUGACUAUGAGGACCAUGACAGUGAGGAUGAGCUUGAUGUUUCAGAAGUACUUGCAGACAAUCUAAAUGGAAGUAUUAUUGACCACGAUGAUGCUGGAGCUAAUUAUGCGCAUAACAUAGAUGGAAGAGAACACCACCUAGGAGAGGAAGCUAUUACAAGUUCUUUUCAUGCGGAGUCUAACUCACAAAAUAUGAAGGAUUCUGGGCACGCAGUUCCUAACAAAAAUAAGUGGGCUCCAGUACAGAAAGGAACCAACAUAAUUGUGCAAGUUGUCAAAGAGGGUUUAGGCACCAAAGGUCCAACAUUGACUGCUUACCCAAAGCUAAGAAGCAGAUUCUGGGUAUUGAUUACUCGUUGUGACAGAAUUGGAGUAUCAAAAAAGAUCUCUGGUGUAGAGCGUAUACGCCUGAAAGUCAUCGCAAAAACGUUGCAGCCUCAGGGUUUUGGUCUGACUGUGAGAACUGUUGCUGCUGGUCAUACUUUGGAGGAACUGCAGAAGGACUUGGUAGGUCUGCUUUCAACUUGGAAAAACAUUGUGGAACAUGCAAAAUCUGCUUCUCUUGCUGCAGAUGAAGGUGUAGAAGGGGCCGUGCCUGUUAUUUUGCACAGGGCAAUGGGCCAGACACUCUCAGUUGUCCAGGAUUAUUUUAAUGACAAGGUUGAGAGAAUGGUAGUUGACUCUGCAAGGACAUAUCAUGAGGUUACAAAUUACCUUCAGGAAAUUGCCCCUGAUCUCUGUGAUCGAGUUGAAUUAUACAAUAAAAGAAUCCCUCUUUUUGAUGGAUUUAACAUUGAAGAAGAGAUCAACAAUAUUCUUAGUAAAAGGGUUCCUCUUGCAAAUGGAGGAUCUUUAGUGAUUGAGCAAACUGAGGCAUUAGUAUCUAUUGACGUGAAUGGUGGACUUGUGAUGUUUGGUCAUGGCAAUUCACAGGAGAAAGCAAUUUUGGAUGUCAACCUUGCAGCAUCUAAACAAAUUGCAAGGGAGUUACGGCUGAGGGACAUUGGUGGCAUUAUUGUGGUAGACUUCAUCGAUAUGAUGGAUGAUUCAAAUAAAAGAUUGGUAUAUGAAGAAGUUAAGAAGGCUGUUGAUAGAGACAGGUCAAUGGUUAAGGUCUCUGAAUUGUCCAAACAUGGACUUAUGGAAAUAACAAGAAAGAGGGUUCGACCUAGUGUGACAUUUAUGAUUAGUGAACCAUGCACCUGCUGUCAUGGUACUGGGAGAGUAGAAGCUCUAGAGACAUCCUUCUCGAAAAUUGAGCAAGAAAUCUCCCGGUUACUUGUACUGAUGGGCCGGAAAGCAGACCCUGAAAACCCCAAAUCCUGGCCGAGAUUUAUUCUGCGAGUUGACCAUCACAUGUGCGAGUACUUGACCUCUGGAAGGAGGACACGAAUCGCGCUCUUGAGUAGUUCCCUCAAAGUCUGGAUGCUUUUGAAGGUCGCUAGAGGAUUUACUCGCGGGGCAUUCGAGGUCAAGCCAUUUGGGGAGGACAAGGAAAAUGAAAAUCAGCACCAAGUUAGCAUUCCAGUGUUACGACCAACUGAAACGAAAAAUAACCGCCCCGGCAAAAAGGUUACUCUAAUUCCUGUAAAAAAGUGGAAGGCAGGUAGGAAAUGAAGUUUUGCAAACUGAAUGGUGCCUCUUUUGUAAUUAAAAAAAAAAAGUGUUUUGUGAUUCACUUGUCAUGAGGCAAUGAACAACAGAGAAAAGAGGCAGGGAAUAUUCUUCUUACUGUUGAUAGCGUGUAAAUCAUGUGUUUCAGAUUGUAGCCGUUGAAACCAGCAUUUCUGAGCUAUUAAUUUCGCAUUGUAUUAAUGCUAGGUCGUGCAGUUUUGUUCAUUAGAACAAUUUUUCCUCAAUAAAAUAAAACAGUUUUAAGAGGAAGAUAC